ACAGUUGAACGGGAAGGACACGGCGGCGGUGCUGCAAUCGCGACGCGACUGGACGUGGCUGAAGCGUCGCAGCGAGAAAGGCACAGCUCCGUAGUAGAUUUUGCCAUUUCAGUGCUGUCUGUUCACUAACCGAUACAGUGCAGCAAAUGAGUCGCCGUGAAACAGCAGUUGGGUUUUGAGACAUUGAUGUAUCUAUGCCAAGUGGUAUUUCCUCUACGUGCAGACGUGUAGCCAUUACCGUGCAUGUGCGUACUUCGCACACAACCGAUAAUUUCUUUCACAGUCGCAUUGAAAUUGGAUCGUUAGAUUAGUUACUUAACGUACGACCAUAAAACACAGGUCAAACGAUAAAUAUAAAUUAAGUGGAGCAGAGCAGACGACUGCGUUCUCGUUUAUUUUUCUGUCAUAUGAACGCUUCCAACCAAUCUCAAUAUUUUGCUACAGUGUCACGUGACUGGUUUGGCGAAUCUCCUCGAGUCAUUUCGCUGCUCUCUGUUGCUGUGUGUUAGGCCUAUUGAGCGUUUUAGGUGUUCUGGCUUGCUGCGUCUGCUCCUCUCUGUUAUUGCAAAACACCGUUCCGGCAUGUGUUUUGCGCUGAAUGAAGACAUCAAGAGCUGCUAGUCAUAACCUGACCUGUUUGAGCUCUAUUUAAUCAGGUUAAUGACAAGUACGGAAGAGUUGCUUCAAGCGUCUGGUUUCUCAUUUGUUUGGGGGUGGCCUUCUCUCUCCAAAGAUGUCGAGCGAAGCAGAAACUGCCCAACAAUCUGCCACAGCUGAUGGCUUAGACACUGACAGCUGUGCUACAUCAAAAUGUGAGCCGGUACCACCUCAAGGAGCAGCGCAUGAAAUGUCACGUUGCCCUUUCUCAAAACAAGAUAGAGAAUCUCUGAGCAGUGUGAGCAGUGACUCUGGUGAUGUUUCCAAUGGCCAUUGCUGCGAUAUUGAAGAAGAAGGCAUAGUUGUCAUUCCAGAGUACAACACCCCCAUUAUCGGCUAUGAAGUCAUGGAAGAACGUGCAAGGUUUACAGUGUUCAAGAUCAGAGUGGAACAUGUUGAAACUGGCCGCUACUGGUUUGUCUUCAGGCGGUACACUGAUUUUGCAAGACUGAGCAAGAAGCUCAAACCACGAUUCCCUGGUCUGCAACUCUGCUUGCCUCCCAAGCGCUGGUUUGGAAAUAAUUUUGAUCCCAUGUUUCUUGAGGACCGUGUACUGGGGCUCCAGGCAUUUGUCAAAAACAUUAUGGGCCACAGAGAUAUAAGUAAGAGCCCUCCAGUUAGAGAGUUCUUCUGUUUAGAUGAUCCUCCGGAGCCAUUAGACACCAUAGAAGAGAGCAGGGCAUUGUGUGAAAACUUGGAAGAGCAAGUGUAUCGACUAAACCAGCAAUUGCGUGAACGUGAUGCAGAGAUAGAAGUCCUUCGCUCAGAGUUGGACUCUCUGCGGCUUCAGCAUGGUGUCCUUGUCAAGGCACUCAAGCUGGAGUGUUCUCUGGCGAGCUGGGCCAACGCACAGCUCUCGAGAGACCGGCCACAGCUGCCAUCGUCGCAUGCCUUUGGUCUGCACGCUCUCAACCUCACCUUGUCCUCCAUGGCUGAUGAUUCCAAGAAAGUGGCUACCAAUCAGGAUCCAGAGAGUUGCCCUGCAACAUCUGAAGCUGGGGGCGGCGGAGAUGCCCGGUGAUCUUUUCGCAGAAGCCAAGAAUCUGCACAGAAUGUACUGUGGAAGUAGUCCUUAUUAGACAUUUUUUUAUUACUUUUUUUGUCCAAUUUCUCAAUUGGCUGCAUGGUGAAAACACGGGACAAUCUUGCAGUCUCCUAUCAUGUGUAACACAACUGAGGUUAGUGCACAAGUAUUGAUACCAAGCUUCUCAUUGUGUGUUAUGCUGCAGCAUAUCAUUGGUCUGGCAGUGGCCAUUUUAAGAUUGUUUAUUAAAGAUAUGAAUGGAAAAGUAAUAUUCUUGGCUUUUGAGCUAGUGUGAAGAUAAUGGUAUUGUAUUAUUGGUGUCAGCCUGGGUAUGUUUCUGUUGGUAGCAGCAGUGCACACCUUUAGUGACAGUACUGCAGUCUAUUUUGAGUCUCUCAGAAAAAAUGAGAGCAGCAUUACACCUUUGCCAGGAAGCAUAUGACGUGUCUGUAAUGUGUCUGCAGUUUGUGUCAAUGCUCCAGGGCGCAUUCGUUUUUUUGUUGGUGCCUAGAAUAUUAUGGCUGUCAUUGAUGUUUAAUGAGGCAUUGGACAUACUGGAGUACUUUUACGUAAGAGCAAUGUCAUUUUAUUUUAUCUGUGACCCAGCUAUCUUGUGUGUGAAGUUUUUGAAAUACAUGGCAUGGUGUAGAGAAGUUUUUCUCUGCACAGUUGCAUGUGGAGUACCAUGUAUACAAAAUUUGUAGCACCCUCCAUUGUCUUGAACCACAGUCGCUGAAACAGGUGGUUAGAACUUGAGAAUUGCUACACUCAUUCUUCCUGCAUUACAAUGGCCAAAAUGGCAUGUUUAAUACAGUAACAUGCUUUUGUUAUGUAAAUAUGUUUUUCUUUAUUCAACCUGGCUGUUCUGGAAUAACAUGCAGCUGUGUACUUUGACACAUUGCAAAGUUUUAGAAGUUUUUCUACUUGUUUUUGAAAGUAGCAUAGAAGUGGUUGCAGACGUGUAGAAACCAAGCUAUAUAUGGAUAACGGUGACCACAUAUUUACCUAUGUUAUUUUUGUGCACUCUUAGAGUGUUUGUGCAGUAUUAACUGGGUUUUGUCACCCUUCCGCCUUUUUUUUUUCUCUUUUUGUACAUGUGAUAUGAAGGAUUUGGAAGUCUUCCUCCUUUUCUUUUUACCCAUUCUCUCUGCUUGUUCUCAUCUUUUUGAAGCAGAAUACACGGUGCCAACCAACCGGUUAGUGAGUACUAUGACUAGCUUGUUUAUUCCUCUCAGCUCUAUAGGACACUACGAUACAGUUAUAUUGAAGCAUGUUUAGUGGGCAACAUACUGGGUGCUACACAAGGAUGCCAUUGUUUUUCAUUGUGCUCAGGCAACUUUGGCACUGAAGAAUCUCAUUAUCGCUUAGCUGCUUAAGGUUAAGCAACACAGAACACACACUCGUCAUGUGAAGUGGCAGUCAUACCCUCCCCUUUCAACUUCCCCCCUUACUUCUGGCACGACUGUUUUGCAUCCAUAUGUACCAUCUGCCUCUGUGUUUUCCAGGGCACUUCCUUUAUGCUCCCUUUAUGUCCUGAGCAGGCUCUGGUUGUGGCAGAUCAAUCACUAACACAGGUUGGAUCUAGAAGAAUGGGCAACCUGUAUGUAAAGUGGAAAACUGUGAUGCAUAGUGCAAAAAUGCACACAGUUUUAGUGUGACAGGUGUGCAGGUGACGGUUGCUACUGGUUCUCUGCUUUUCCUUUUGACAUCUGAUGCUUUGAAACAUUAUUGUCAGCUGGAAACUCAACUUUGCUAAGGUGUUAGACAUGCUAGUGGAGCUUGUUAUAAUUGCUCAUAAUUUACCUGAAAGCUCAUUCGUGCAUCUUCAGCUAUGGAGAUGGCCACCUCUCUCGCCUGUAUCGACAUCGACAGCCGUGCCACCCCAUCCUUGCGCCAUCACAUUAUGCAAUUUGUCCAGACAGUCUUUUUGAGACUCUAUACUCUUCGAACAGCCGAGCUGCCACUGCAAAGCUGCCACUGUUGUGCCUACUUUGGCUAUGAACAUAAGCACUUGCGAACUUUUGAGACCGAGUACCAUCAGCAUAAGUUAAAAUAUGAAUGUAAAAAAGCAUAAUUUUUUGUGCCUGAACACUUGUGGGUACAGUCUGGCAUUGCCACGUAGCUUGUUUGCUAAACAUGCUUUUGUCACAAAGCUCCAUGCCCAAGCCUGAAUCGUGGAACUACGAUGGAACUGAUAAACAUAACAAUGGAAAUAAAAAAUUUUUCUCUAUGUAUAUGUUUUAAGGGGAAGUUGCAACUGGAAUGAUCACAUCAUUGUCACAGUUUAUCACUAAUGGCACUGUUGUUUUGAUUGAAUUCCACUUUGUCAUCCUAGUUUCGUGCAUAAAAGAAUGAAAGAGCAUUUUUGAAAGACAAUAAAAAGCUGAUCAAAAAUAAUUAUGGCAGUUUAACAAACUAUGCUCUGGGCAUGUUUCAGCAACUGCCAUUCAAAGCAUGGAUCAGUCGCCACAGCAACAGCAGCCGGACACUUGGGGAAAAAGGUGUCUGCUGUUGGGCACAGCUCGCUCAUUCGAUAUCUUAGCAAGAAAAUAGUAAAAAAGUGAUGUCCUUGCAUAAUGUUCAGGCAAAUUCUUGUUUUCCAGUAUAGAUUAAUUUUCAUACAAUAAAGUGCAGCCACCCACCAUGUUGGCACAGUGGCUUCAGCGUUGUGCUGCUAAGUCCGGUGGCACAGGAUCAAAUCCCAGCCGCAGUGGUUGCAUUUUAGUGGAAGAUAAAUUUAAAAAAUGCCUGUUUAUGAUUCACUGGGUACACGUUAAAGAACCCCAAGUGGUCAGAAUUAAUCCGAUGUCCCCCACUAUGGCGUGCCUCAUAAAUGUAUCUUGAUUUUGGCAUGUAAAACCCCAGAAUUUAUUGAAGUGCAGUCUUUUGCACAUUUAAAAUUUCAUUCUAAUUAAAUUUUGUAUAUGUCCUUUCUUUGAAAUAUCUUAUAAAUGUUUAUUAAAGAGAGGGAGCAUUUCCAACAGAGUUUUGGUCUGGCAUGCAGGCAUUUAGAGUUAUUUCUUUUUAACAACAUCCAUUGAAGACUGUAAGCUAAUGUCAUAAAUUUAGUUUACCGUCAAAAGCAAAAUAUGCUAUCACAAGCUGUUAGAAAUGAUUAGCACAUGAAAAAAAAAGCAUGAAGAUGGCGGUGCUUUGGUGGUGUCGCAUUAAAGAUAAGUUGAGCUACAUAAAAAUGAAUGCUAGUGUUAAAAGGAAUACUUGCAUAAGGCUCAAUAAUUGCCUUCAAUUUUGAUAAUUGCCACUUUAUUAAUGUAAAAAAUGGCUAUCUAAGGAACAUCUACACCCACUGUGGUUGCUUAGAGGCUAUGGUGUUGGGCUGCUAAACACGAAAUUGCGGGACCGAAUCCCGGCCACGGCAGCCGCAUUUCGAUGUGGGCGAAAUGCAAGAACACCCAUGUACUUAGAUUUAGGUGCACGUUAAAGUCCAAAUUUCCGGAGCCCCCCACUAUGGCAUGCCUCAUAAUCAGAUCGUCAUUUUGGCACGUAAAAUCCCAUAAUUUUUUUUUUAUUUAAGGAACAUCUACCCUUAAUUUCUACUAUUAGCAGGGACAGCUACUUGGACUUUGUCAUUUUAGACUGAUUAAAUGUUUAACAAAACUGAAGGGAGAGAGGCCUUGUACUAUGCACUAGGGGUUCACAAAAGUUUAGCUGUCAUUGGCUGGAAGCAUGCAAAAAAAAACAUGCCAGGCUGGGGCCAUGACAAAUAAAAUUGCAUUUUGUGAGCAGUUGGCAGAAUUGUGUUCUAGGCAGUUUUUAAAAAUUCAGUAAUCCAUAGCUUUUUUUUUCUUUUUUGCACACAUGAAAUGAGGAUGGCUACGUAUUGAUUGGUGACAAUAGUUGCAUGUACAAUUAAACCUUUUUUUUAUUCUGAUUAAGAUUGAGAACACUGCUUCAUGGUAAGUGACAGGGAUUUUACAUCCCUAAAGCUGCAUGUGGGCCAUAAGCAGCAGCCUAGUUGAUGGCUCCUGAUCGCCUAAGGUAUUUGAAUGUGCACCAGGAUCUUGACACAUGGAUAUUUUUGCAUUUCUUUCUUGCAAAUGCAGGCGCCGGGAAGCAAACUGGCAAAUUUGCGUGAGUGAAUCUCGGCUGCAGCAGCUUCAUUUCAGGGAAGGGGGGGGGGGGGGGUGAAAUGCAAGAACACCCAUGUGUCAGUUUCAUUAUCGUGCAUUAGGUGCACAUUAAAGGGCCCCGAGUGGUCUAAAUCAAAUCAAAUCGGAGUUUUGGCACGGGAAACCCCAGUCUUUUUAAUUUUUUUAAUUUGCAUUCGGCAGUAGAGCACCAUGUCCCACUGCAGUGGGUGCUUAUCCAGCAUUGCACAAUUCUGCUAUAUCUACCAUACGACACCUCUUGCUUGUUCUUGUUAUGAACAUUGCAUAUCAAUCGCAUAUCUGUAGGAAAUUGUGCCACUACUCGUUUAACUUCGACACAGUGCUUUGUCUCUUGCAAGCACUAUACUUGGCGACUACCUAAGAAUUCACUACAAGCUCCACCCACAAAAUCCACACCUGUGCUUCAGCUCUUCAAUACACGAUUCCCGAGAGGAUACUUUGCUCGCCUCUACCAUGAUGUGACAGGAAUGAGAGCCUAAUUGUCUGGCAUAUCUAAAAAUUCACUGAGUGAGACAGCAGUGUAAUUGCCACUGUAUUUAUAGGUUAUAGGCUGUCGCCAACUAGUGCGUAUUGUUAACAAGAGGAUGGACCGUUUCAAAUGGCUUUACCAGUUGUUGCUAAAGCAAACGUCGGCUGCACUUUUGUGCCUUGUAGCUCAUUUUGAGAAAACCUGCUCUGUUUAAAGGUGCGAUGUGAAGUGGCUUUGAACGUGUGAAUGAGAUGUGUUGUACUGCCAUAUAAGGAUAAUGGUGCUUUAUGAAAUGCAGUGUCAGAAGGAACUUUCUACUAAGCUGUUGCCUUCUGAUAAAGGAUUUGCAAGUGGAGGACCUUGUGUGAAGCUAUGCUGGUGCCCAGCAAAGAUUAGUGGAAUGAAGCUAUUGUCACACAUUGUUGGUUUGUUUAUCAGUAAUGUGCCUAACUAAUGUGACAUGAACAGCUCAAGCAGUCCCCUUUCUUUCUUGCAAGGUUGAGUUACAUUGGAUUGUUUUCACUAAUGCAGAUAAUGUGCAUGACAUAUCAAACUUUUCAAUGCUGCCACCACACUGUUGUGAAUUGUGUGCGGCAGCCAUGCUGAUCAUGCUUGUAGCUGUUUAAUAAGAGUUUGUAUGUGCAUUUCUCACAGGAACAUUUUGAUUUGAUGGAGUGCAAGCAUCUUUUAGUUAGGUAAAAAAGAACCUUCAAAAUGGAUGCUUUGAAACAUCACAUGUUUCAGUGUUGCUGAGCAGCUAUUUUGGGCAGUUUUGGUAUUUUGGUGAAACCCUGAGUAAGUUUUGCUGUAUAAUCAUGUUUGUUCGAACUGAAAACUGUGUAGCUUGCAUCCUUUCCAUUGUUUUCUAUUACUGCUGCUCCAAACCCGUAAAAGCUGCUGGAACUGCUAACACCUUGACGGAACAGUGCGCUUAAAUUCUUGGUGUUGAGAGAGCUUGAUGGCAAAGUAAUCGGGAUAAAUAGGUUCACUGUUAUUGAAGGAGACCCCCUGUCAGAAGGUGGCUGUAUUCACACCCCACACCUUCCCUCCGCCUUUGUCCAGGUGCAGCACAGCAGGCGUGUUCUGUUGUUUGACGACUCUUAAAGUGGCCCUGCAACACCUUCUCUUCAAAACUGAGAAUGCACUGAAGUGAGCACAAUGCCUUUCUAAUUAAUGUAUUCCCACAGGAAUGUUUUAGAAGAACCUACUAUUAACGAAGAUAGAAAAAGCACAAUGUUUGCUUUCGCCAUUUCUCCUUAAUAUAAUGUUAUCUCUCAACUGGGAUGGUGCCAAUAGCAGUGCCUUGCCUUUUGCUCCUUUUUGCUUUUUUUUUAUUUCCGUGGUGCAUUUAUGGUAGCCCUUCAAUGUUAGCAUCUGACAAAGGAGAGCAACAAAGGAAUGGUGACAGGAUGGGUGGGACGUGUUGACCAUACUACUGCUUCCUCGUUUGCUAGAAGUCUGGAGGGUUCUGUGCGCAUGCAUGACCUUUCACUUGGGUGUAUCUCAUGAUCGUGGAAUGUCGCCCAGUAGCUGGCAUUUAUUGGAUGUCAUACAGGUCCAUGACAGCAUAGACGGGGCAUUAUAAGGGGGCCUCGAAAGCCAUAGAAAAGAGCGAGCUAUCUUUUAUGCGAGAUUGUGGGCUCCCUGCUACAUGCAGUGGAAUAAUAUUUGUUUGCGCAUUCCUUACAGGGCUGUCUACGUAUUGCAAACAUUUUCUUGUUCAAAAAGCAUUGCAGUGCCCUCAUAACAGUGUAUUAAUUGUGUCAUUGAAUAAAUACCAGUGCAUGGUGAAUUCUGAUAGAUUGUGGCAGCAUUCUUUUGCUUAAGAGAUCUAAAAUUCCAUAUGUGCAUAUUGUGUAGCUGAAAGAUGAGAUAUAUUUUUUUAACACUAAGAAAAUAGCUGCCUUAAAUUACAUCAUGAAGCCAUUAUCAGUACAGGUGUGAUGGGUUGUGCUCAUGGCUUCAGAAAAUGAAAGCAGUAGAAGACAUGUCUGCACUAAAGACUGGUAGCUGUAAUACUUACUUCAAGCAUCCGAUAAGUGGUACCUAGAUUAAAGAAAAAUAUAGAAACAACACAUGAAAAUGACAAAACCAAGACGGAAAGAAAUAUUUUAUGCCAGGUUGCAUAAUAGUCUUCUAAAAUUACGUAUUUUUCUUCGACCGGAUUCUGUAAUCUCAUUUCUGUCUGUCCAUCUCUAUGCACAUGUAUUUGUUUCUGUUUUCGGUUUUGCCUUCCUUUCAUCGGGGUAUAUAUUUAUUGUAUGCUUGCAAUAAACCUUGGAAGUUGCUAGUAA